CCUCCUGCGGCUGGAGCGCUUCCAGAGCAGAGGCGCAGCGUCGCUCGCCUCUGCACUAGCUCGGAGGUCCUCCUGCUCCCGUUUGCGUUCCUCGUCCUCGGGCUCCUCCUCCUCCUCCCCGUGCCCUCAGCGGCCGCUCCCGCAGACGGCUCCUCCUCUCCCUCCCCCUCCUCGCGCUCUCCGCGCUAACUUUCCGGAGCCCCGGCCGGCGGCGCAGAGCUCCCGGGCAGCCUCGGGGCCCACUGCAGACCCAGGGCUGCGAGCGCGGCUGUGCCCUGUAUCCCAUCUCCGCGCCCCUGGUGCGCUCCGCAGAGAGCAGAACGAUGCCCGGGGCUGGGGACCGAGGCGCAGCCCGGGAGAGAUGGCUGGGCACUGGGCUUUUGGGUCUCUUCCUGCUCCCUGUGUCCCUGUCGCUGGAGGUAUCUGUGGGGAAGGCCACCACCAUCUACGCCGUCAAUGGCACGGAGAUCCUGCUGCCCUGCACCUUCACCAGCUGCUUUGGCUUCCAGGACCUGCAGUUCUGGUGGUUCUACAACAACAGCGAUACAUCCAAGACUCUCAUAGAGGGGAUUGUGAAGAAUGAGAAGUCAGACCCCAAGGUGAAGUUGAAAGAUGAUGACCGCAUCACUCUAGUGGGCUCCGUGAAGGAGAAAACGAACAAUAUUUCCAUUCUGCUGAGGGACCUGGAGUUCAGUGACACGGGCAAAUACACCUGCCAUGUGAAGAACCCUAAGGAGAAAGAUCUUCAGCACCAGGCCACCGUCUUCCUCCAAGUUGUUGAUAAACUGGAAGAAGUGGACAACACAGUGACACUCAUCAUCCUGGCUGUAGUGGGCGGGGUCAUUGGGCUCCUCAUCUUCAUCCUUCUGGUUAAGAAGUUCAUCGCCUUCAUCAUCAAGAAGACUCAGGAGAAGAAGAAGGAGUGCCUCGUGAGUUCCUCCGGGAAUGAUAAUACAGAGAAUGGGUUGCCUGGCUCCAAGGCGGAAGAGAAAGCACCAACAAAAGUGUGAGCCCUGCUUGGGGCCAAGCAGCCGCCGGGAGCCUCACUUUCUGAUGACGAAACUGAUGCUUGAGCUGUGUCCGUGAACCCACAUGCCUGAGACAUCUGCUGCUUGGCUCAAACUGUAGUCUUUCUGGGCGGGGAGAAACUGGGGUCCUGUUCAGCCUGCCCCACCCCCUUCCCGACCAGGGUUCCCCAGGGACAACGGCUGGCCAGGGGAGGGGGCCUGCAGAAGGUUCGGGAAAGGAAAAGAGGGGCUGGGCCGGUGUGGAGGGCUGGUACCCUGACACCCAUGUAGGUAGUCUCCUUCAGUGUCCCCACUCUGGACCAGGAGCGCCUUGGUUUUCCUCCCAAUGUCUCUUUGUGAGAGACUUGGGGGGUCGGUGAGGGCGUCCUCCGUAUCUGGACCCUGAGUGUGGAGGACUAACCCUUUUCAGAGGACUCUGUACAGGAUCUGAGGGUGGGAGGCUGCUGGAGGGGUUCCUGCAGUGAGGCUUUGAUGGCUACCUGCUCCCCCACAUCCCUCUAGUAAGGAAUUGCCUCUCCCCCCACCCCUGGGUGCCUGCCUGCCUGCCCUGGUUCUCCCCUCCCCAGCCCCCAUGCUGCUCAGAGUCUUUGAACUCUCCCACCUAGGGCUUCCACUUAGGUCUUGGGGGGUCCUAGCCCACCUAGCCUGCUCCUUUGGUCUCUGGGUUCCGAGGGUUCAAGCAGGGGCCCCUCAGGUCUUCCCAGAGCACUGGGGCGCUGCUUGCACCUUUCCUAACGUUUCUCCUGGGGGGAUCAGGGCUGCAGAGGGGGGCCUUUUGGCCACAGAAUGCCUACCCCAGCCCUGCCAACACUGGGUGCCCCUUCUCGGCGGGGAGGCUAAACCCUGGCCACGCCUGGGAGCUCCCCACCAGCUCCAGCCUGCUCCUCUUCCCCUGAAGCAGUGGGUGGUGCUGCCUUGCUUGAGGAGCUGCUCCCUCUUGUGUUCCUGAAGCUUCUCCCUGCCCCACGGGUGUCAUCUCCAUCCCUGCGGCAAGGCUUGCCUGCACCUUGGGGGCCCUCUUACUUUGGAUGAAGGGCCUUUGGGGUUUCUGGCUGCUUCCUACUCAGCUGGGGGUUGGGGAGCUGGAAGAGCAGGGAGAGAGUGCCCACAGUCUUCCUUUGCUUUUCCAAACACUGGUUUGCACAGCCCUUGUGUGUGGGGCUAGACCGUGCCUUAGCUCCUGAGUCCUGGCUCAUACCGUCCCACCCCGCUUCAGCUCAUACAUUACAGCUGACUCUGGUGGGGCUUGGGUGAGGGGGUCCCCGCCGCCGCCCCCGCCCAGGGUCAGGCAGGCGACCAGGGAGCCGGAGUUGUGUCCCUCACAGCCCCUUGGCCGGAGACUGAGUCUUGGAGGCAUCUGCCAAAUGCUCCCAUGGGGCCCCUGACAGGCCGUGUCAUGGUGUGCCUGUGGGUUGGUGAAGUGAGGAGUGACUGGGGCUGUGAUCACGGAGGACUCCACCAUCUGCUCCCACCCCCUCGCUCCCUGGUUACAUUUCCGACACUCUGUCCCCUGGGCCCCUGCGAGGCAGGAGAGGGGAGCAGCGCCCUCUUCCGAAGUGUAUGGGGACUGCCAGAGGACUCCCCCUGCUGAAAAGCAGCCGCGGGCAUCCCCAAGGGUGCAGGUUGGGGGAGGAGGAACAGGAGCGCUUGCAGGACAGCCAUGGCUGCGGCCUGUGACCCUCGCCCAGCCUGAGGGGCUCGCAGGGUCCCACUCAGAUCUGCUUCUGUCCCUUGUGUCCUCCUCCACCCAUCCUGGGCUCGGGUUCAGAUUUUCCUGGCUUUGGGAACAGACAGAGCAGAGCCACCAGUCAUUUGGGAAACUUUGUAGGCAGCCUUCAUGCAAAACUGCUUUCUUCUCCUUUCCCAGCUUCAGCAUUUGGGCGGGCAGUGUCUUGGGCUCCUCUUACUCCCUUGAGAGGAAGCCAAGGCGUACAGAGAGGGGGAGGGGAAGAAUAUCAUCCUCUCUACUCCUGGGUCUACUGCUAAUAGGCUGGUCAUGCACAUUCUCUGGGCUCAGCUUUCCCCAUCUAUAAAAUGGGUGUAAUAAUACUUACCUACCUCACAGGACUGUUGUGAGGCUUGGCAAGUUUUGGUUUAAAAAAAUCUUUUUUGGCUUGGAAAGGGAUCUAGGAGUUCAGGUAUCAUAAUCAGAGGGAAUGUCCCAAGUCUGUCCUGUCCUCAUCUCUGUGUCCCAUCCCCAUAGAGAGCGCGCACACACAUACACGCACACACAUAUACACAUUCUCUCUCUCUCUCUUCUCUGUCUGUCUCUGCCUUCCCACGCCUCCCCCUUGGAAUUAUUUUAGUCUUUGUAAUGUUAGAAACCCUGGCUCUGAUGCUUAAAGCUUCCUGUCCAUGGCUUUUUUUGGGUGGUUUUCCGUAGAGGUGACUGGGACUGUAGAGGGGAUACUUUUGGUUGCCCCAAUGCCUGAGGGCUCUACUGGCAUUUAGUGGGUGUGGGGGCUAAGAAUGCUAAACUUAGUCCCCACAACAAAGGCUGUCCUGCCCCAAGGCCAGGAUUGUACCCGUGGAGAAACACUGGCAUGGAUUUACAAUGGAAGAUGUAUGGGCAAAGCCAUCUUCCCAAGCGGACCCUCAGCACAUGCAGGUCUCUAAGCGUGGUCCUCAGGGCUUGUGGGCUAGAGAGAACCAUUCACAAAAUUGAACUCGGGAGCCCUGGACACACGCAGCUAUGCUGACAGUAAAGUCAGGAGACCGUAGACAAAGUCUUUCCCAGCUCCCUGUCCUUGACCCCAAAUUAGGACCUGUGCAUUCCAGGCCUUGAGAUUCUCCUGGUGUAGGAAUUGAGCAGAAGGCAGCCAGAAUGAAGCUGGGGUGCUGGGGAGGUCUGGGAGAGGCACCUGUGGAGCUCAGACUUUCCACAUCUGGCUGGCUACCCACAGCUGGGCAUGAAGAGGGGGCUGUGAGAGUGAGCUCCUGAGAUAGGGACUGCUGAGGGUGUGCCUGUGUGGGUGUGCAGAGAAAUGCGUGGCUGUGGGGUGGGAGGGCGUGUCUGGACGUGGGGAUGCAUGGAGGUGUGUGUAAGGGCUGAGUGUGCCCGAGAUGGAGAGGUUCUGCGUAUUUCAGGAGCCAUCUUUCCUGGCCUGAGCUAUACCUGUUGGGGUACCUGGAGGCUAAGAAAGGGUAAGAGACAAAGGGGGAGGCCUGCCGUGCUCCUGGGCUCCAUAACUCCGUGACGCCACCUCAUUUUCACAGCUGCCAUCAGAGUGUUGUGGGGAGGGAGGGUCAGGAGGAGGGGACUUCUCCCGGGAAAAUCCUACAGCUUGCUUCACUUUACUUUGUCCCAGAUUGGCGUCCCUGCCCUCUCACCUCCCACCUAAUAGGCAGUGCUUUUGACUAUCUUAUGCAUGGUUUAUUCCUCUGGCUUGGAUGACAACAAUACUCAUCGUCAAUUUCCUAUAUAACUAUAGAUGAAACAAUGCAGCACAAACGGGCCUUGGGGGGCCUCGGAUCUGCGGGUGCCUCUGGGAGGCGCAGAUAUGCACACACCCAGCACUGACUUGUGUUCAAGCACAGAAUGAAUGUGAUCAGACUGUCUUGCCUUGACAACGUUUUGCAUUGUAGAGUUUUAUUUAGCUUUGCCUUGGAUGAA